AUGUCAUAUUACAAAGAUGAAAUUUUAAACUCUUUAAAUUUAUCAGAUUUUUGUUAUGAAAAAGAUGAUUCAACAAUAAUUAAAAAAUUUAAUGAAAAUUUUGAAACUCAUGAUAUUGAAAGAGUAAUUAGAGGUGAGAUUGAAUGUAGUGGUCAAGUUUUUAUAAUUGGAUAUCGUGAAAAAGAUAUUAAUAAUAAUAGUGAAUUUAAAAGAAGGAAUACCUAUUAUGUAUCAUUUAGAGGUACAGAAUUUAAUUUUAGUGAUAUUACAACCGAUUUAAAUAGUAUUAAAGAAUUUAAAGAAAAACAAGGUACAUAUCAUAAAGGAUUUCUUAAAAGGACAAUAGGAUUUCCAAUUCAAAUUAUAAUUCAAUGGUUAGAGAAUGGUGAUAAUGUAAUAUUCUCAGGACAUAGUUUAGGUGGAUCAGUAUCACAAAUUUUAACAAUAUCUAUAAUUUUACAAAUAUCAAAAAAUAAACUUGAAACCAUUUUAAAAAAUUCACAAAUUCUAUGUAUUACAUUUGGGUCACCAUUAAUUGGAAAUACUGAUUUAUUAAAAACAUUAGAAGAUAAUCAAAUUUUAAAUUAUAAUAUAUUUCAUUCAAUUAUUCAUAGAAAUGAUCCAAUACCAAAAUUGCAAGGUUUAAAUAAUUUUGUUAAUAAUAAUAUGUUAUCAAUUGCAAAGAAUACAAUUUGUUGGUUAUUUGAAUUUGAUAGAAUUAAAAUUGAUGGAAUUAUAAAUUCAUUUUAUCAAACAUUAUCAGAAUCUUCAAAAUCUAGUUUAAAUUCAAAAUUUAAUUUUAUGGCAGAUUUAAAUUCAGUAAUUGGUUUAUAUCAUAUCAUUCAACAUGAUUUAUAUAUUGAUAAUAAUAAUAAUAAUAAUAAUAAUAAUAAUAAUAAUAAUAAUAAUAAUAAUAAUAAUAAUAAUAAUAAUAAUAAUAAUAAUUAUAGUUUUAUAAAAUCAUUAUGCCAUAAAAAUGAUUUAAAUGAAUUAAAUGAAUUUUUUAAAUUUAAUCAUGAAAAUUUCUCAAAAAUUCUAUUUCAUAAAUUAUCAACUUAUAGAGAUAUUUUGAUUUAUGAAUUAAUAACAUCAAAAGUAUUAAAAAAUUCAACAACAACAACAACAAUAAUAUCAAAUAAAGUAAAACCAAUGGUAGAUUUAAUUCCUAUUAUUAAAAGUGUUUCAAUUAACAAAAGUAAUAAAAAAAAUGAAUUGAUUACAAUUGUUGGUGAAAAUUUAUGUUUUAUUUCUAUAAAUACAUUGAAAUUAAUUUAUAGUGAUGGAACAAAGGAUAUUUUAUUGAAAUCAAUAAUUCAAAAGAGUAAUAAUCAAAUUGUUAUUGACGCUACUGACAUACCAACUGGCAAUUUAAAAUCACUUCAAUUUAAAUCAAAUUUUAAAUAUAAUAACACAAGUAGUAAUAAUGAAAUUUAUUUACAACAAAUUUAA